AUGUCGCGGCCACGGUUGCUCCCAUUGGCUGCUCUCGCCGCCUCAACGGUCGCCUUGCUGGCCAUGCCAAUGUCGCGCCGACUCUUGCGUGCGCUCUCACCGGUGCGCUUCCGGUCGCUUGUGAUCGCCUUGACGUCGUCGCAUCCCGCCGCAGCAGCGCGGUUCGUCGAGCUCUCGCCUGUGCUACGGCACCCGGUGCAAAUGCCGGCGAGCGGCGUGUAUCACGCCAGCGACGCGCUGGGAGCGCUGUGGAAGUGGAUGGUCGCGGCGCCUCUCGGCGAGCGCGAGGCGAAGCUGAUGGCGGCGUGCAAGAGGCACUGGCCCGGCUUGGACCGCGACUGCAUCAAGGCCGAGAUCGGCGUGUGCAUCGCCGACGGGCGCGCUGCCGCGCUAGCGGACGCGCUGCACGCCACGGCGCUCGCCAGGAUCGACAAGCUCGGCCCGAGGCUGCCAAGUCACCGCAGACAAGUCCUGACCGCAGAGGCGGCGGAGGCGAGCCGCGAGCUGCAGAGCACGCUCGCGGCGGUGCGCGCGCGGUGCGCGGAACACCCGACCGGCGGCCCGCUGCUCUUCGCGCUGGCCUCGCACAUCCGCGCCGCGCCGCCGGAGCUGCUCCGCGAGCCGUCGCCGGCGGGGCAGCGGCGCGGCGCGGAGCAUGAGCAGGAGGCCUGCAGCUGGGCGCGCGGGCGGUGGCCGCGCUGCGAGGUGCUCGCCAACUGUGCGGUCGUCGCGAGCGGCGCGCCGCUGCCGCCGUCGCUCAAGGCCGAGUUCGACGCGCUCGCCAUCGAGCCGGCCGCUGACGGCGCCGACGGCGUGCUCGCCGCGGUCGUCGAGGCCAAGGCCGGAGCGGAGCUGUACAAGGACCUGCCGAAGAUGCUCGACGCGCGGGAGGCGCUGAUGCGGCCCGGCGCAACGCUGCUGGUCCGGCAGAGGUCCCACCCGACCGCGCGCCGCCUGCUCGUGCGCUCCAAGCCCCGCAUCGAGUACGUCUUUGGCUGCGCGGGCUCGUUCGAGUCGAUCGCGGCGCGCUCCGUGGCGAAGCUGGUCGCGCCCACCCUGCUGGACAGGGAGGUGGAGGCGGCCGCGGCGGCGGGCGACGCGGGAGCGGCGUGCGCCAGGCUGCCCGACGACCAGCGCGGUCGGAUGGUGUGCCGGGUGGGCUUCGCGCCGGAGAGAGCGGCCGCGAUGCAGGCGCGCGUGCGGGCGUUCGAGGCGACGCUCGAGGCGCUCGUCGCGCGUGGGGAGAUUGGCUUCUGGGGCCCACCGCUCGACAAGCCGGACGGGUGA